AUGGUUUCUCUCCAGCCCACCCUCACUGCCCUGCUCAAAUCCCUACCGCCUCCUCCCGUCAAACCGGAUGUCAUUAAAGACAAUAUACUAAAGGCUAUCAAGAGCGAGAAGCAGGUGAAGAUAUCGGCGGAGAAUAAACGGGUGCAGUGGGAGUACUUGUUGAAGAAUGAGAUAUUCAAGCUGGCUGAAACGGAGGGCAAGGCUUCGAAGGAGGAUGCUACGGCGUACUAUACCCAGUUGCAGCACUGGCUUGACUUGGUCUUGACAUUUAGUGACCUUGAAAUAUGCGACCCGACAUUCACAUUUAUCAUCCUUCAAGACCUCUUAGAGACGCAGACCAUUACCUCGUGCUCGCAUAUAUUCUCUUGGAUAGAGUCCCGCGCGCCUCGGCUCACUGCAGGCAUGGUGCCCCAGAAGGGCAAGUCGCUCUACCUGCUGAGGACUCUGAACGACCUGCUUCGGCGCCUGUCGAAGAUGGGGUCCACAACGAUGUUUUGUGGGCGGAUAUUGACGUUCUUGAGUGGCGCGUUUCCGUUGAGUGAGCGGAGUGGCGUUAACCUGAGGGGAGAGUAUGGGCCGACGUGGGAGGGUGUGAAGGAUAUGUCGAAGCGUGAGGAGAAGGAGAAGGAGGGUAACGGGGAGACGAAGGAUGAGAAAACGGAUGAAGACGACAAAAUGCAAGUUGAUGAUGACAAGCCUGCAUCGACGACGCAGGCAGACGACUUCUAUCAAACAUUCUGGUCUUUGCAACUUCCUUUCUCCAAACCACCGCUAUUCUCCGACCCCUCGACUUUUCCCGCAUUCAAGGAUUCUGUGGACAAGGUCCUGCCUGUCCUCAAGGAGGCUACUGCGAAGGAACGCGUAAUGAUGGGCAGCAGAACGGCUUCCGGUGGUGCAGGCUCGCUUAAACGAAAGCGGGAGCCACAGGAUAUUGGAGAAGAAACAGUUACAGACUACUUUUUCGCCAAAUUCUUGACGAGUCCCGAUCUCCUUGAUCUUGAGCUAAAAGAUACACACUUCCGACGUCAAUUCCUCUUCCAGCUUCUCAUACUCCUCAGCCAUCUGCUUACAUUCGUCAAAUCUACCAAAGAAAAGUGGGCGACGGUGCGCAAUCGGUCGCUACACAUGGAUUUUACACUUGAAGCUGCCGACAUCCAAUGGGUCCAGGAAACCUUUAACAAGACAAUGGAGGAACUUCGGCAGACUACCCCCAAUGGUCGUGCGUUUGCAGACACCGUUAGUGUCAUACUUGAUCGCGAGAAGAACUGGAUCAAAUGGAAAAAUGAGCUGUGUGCUCCAUUCGACAAGGCGCCGUGGUCCACAGAGGUCAAUGGAGCGACGGCUGGGUUUGAAGAGGCCACGAAGCUAUUAUGGCAAAAGAUGAGAGAACCGCCUGAAGAUUGGAAGUGGAAAUAUGGUAGCGAGUACUUGACGGAUGUCUGGGAGAUGGGGUACAGAGACCUGGACGACUUGGCUUUCCCUUUCAAACCGGGAGAGGUUAAAGAUUUUGUUAAACGACUGAAAUUCGAAGAUGUGCAGAUUGAGAGACGUAAGAGACAACUUGCCCAACAGGCUGAACGGGCCGCUGCACUUGCUGCAAGUCAGCCAACACCGGCUCCAGUGCCACCCAAAACGCCCGAGACAGCACCUGUCUCUGGUACCGAAUCGACCCUGCGUCCAGCACCAGUUGCUACUCCCACAAACUCGUCACUUCAUCCGUCUCUCCCCGCAAAACCCGUGGCUACUCCAACACCGAAACCUGCUCAAGAUCCGCAACCAGCACCGGUAUCAAUUCCUGAGCCCUCGCCCGUUCCACCCCCUACUGUAUACACUAGACCCAGUCCACCAACUGAUCCCAAGAUCAUCAAAUAUGAAGAAAACAAGCAGAGAAUCGCAUGGCUCGCGCUCCGGGCGGCCCGCGAACAGCAUUUGAAUCUGUUCGGAAAGAUUGGAACCGGAGACAUCGAGCUUUUGGUUGAAGAGAUUGAAGCCGCUAAACAAAAAGAGACAGUUCAGCUCCUCAGGGAUGUCCCGCCGGAAGAUACCGGGUCGGCAAGUCCACUGAACGUGCUCGUUACGGGAGGAGCAGGUUACAUCGGAUCACAUGUUGUCUACUGCCUACAGAAGACUCGGCGAUACAAAGUUAUUUCUAUAGAUAAUGGCCACAAUUCACUGCCCGAGGCUCUCGUUCGAGUUGGACAGCUAUCUAGAGAAGAGUUACCUCCAGAUGCCUCCGAACAGGAUAUCCAGUCCACUGAAAUCGAUAUACACAACGUCGAUCUGACGAAGGCGGAGGAGGUUCGAGCAGUGUUUGAGAAAUAUGGCAAAGGUGGAAUCUGGGGAGUGAUACAUAUAGCGGCAUAUAAAGCCGUCGGAGAAUCCACUGAAAUUCCUCUCACCUAUUAUCAAAAUAAUGUUUCCGCGACCAUCUCACUUCUUCAAAUCAUGUCAGAAUUCGAAUGCUACCGGCUGGUCUACUCAUCAUCUGCUACGGUGUAUGGCACUCCUCCCAUCGUACCUAUCCCAGAAACCACUCGGUUACAAGCACAUAGUCCUUAUGGAAAGACAAAAGUAAUGGCCGAGACAAUAAUUGACGACCUAUGUCACGCUGAACCCGAGAAAUGGCAGGCCCUUUCUCUUCGCUACUUCAACCCCGCUGGCGCACACCCCUCAGGUCGGAUCGGCGAAGAUCCCAAAGGCCGACCUGGAAACCUACUACCACUUCUUGCCCAUAUGGCCGUAGGGCGCGUCAAGGAAUCUGUCCUAAAGGUCUUUGGAAAUGAUUAUCCCACUCGCGAUGGAACAUGCGUUCGGGAUUAUCUCCACGUCUUAGAUCUCGCUUCCGGUCACCUCUUAGCCCUUGACACCCUCAACGGCAAUAGUCAGGUUUUCCAUGACCGACCCAACGGCCGUUUUAAAGCAUACAACCUUGGCAAAGGCAGAGGGAUGAGUGUACUGGAGAUCGUUGAAGCUAUGAGAGCUGCCACCGGGUUCAACUACCAAACCGAGAUCAUAGGAAGACGACGCGGUGACGUUCCGGACCUUACUGCUGAUCCAAGCCUUGCCGAAAAGGAACUAGGCUUCAAAGCUCCUCAGGACCUUGAGACUAUGUGCCGGGACCUGUGGAAUUGGCAGAGCAAGAACCCGCAAGGGUACGGAGAACAGUAG